UCAGGCUCAGUAUUGCGCCCAUCCCAACUGAAACCUGGCACUAAUCCAUUCCUCAAAGUUACUGAAGAGAAAGACGAGAAAGUUGAUGAGGAUGAAACAGAAACUCCAGCUGAUGACAGGCUGAAUGAUAAAGAAGAUGCCGAGGCUCCAAAGUUUGUUCCACUAGGGUCUGCUAAUGUGACACCAAGAACAACGGCUCCAGCUCCUGCCACUGCUCAACCUGCAACAAGUAACUCUUCAUCAGGGUUUGUCUUUGGACAGAAUUUGAGUGAGAGAGUUGUUAUGCAGCAAAACAUGAACAAUGGAGAAGCUGCACCUCUUGAUCAUAGUUCUACUAAUGGAACCACUGAAUUGUUGUUCACUAGUGCUGCUGCGUCUGUAAAAGAUAGUAACCAGGAAGAGCCUGGCCCAAGCGAGGCUCAAAGUAGUAGCAGCGGCGAGGGCCUUGCGGCGGCCGCGGCUGAAUAUGAACGGUCCCACGCACGACCUCCCCCUCCGACCACCAACUACAAUAUCACUGGUGAAGAGGGGGAGAUCAAUGUUUUACAGAUAUCAUGUCGACUCUUCGCGUGGGAGACUGGUAGUUGGCGGGAGCGAGGGCGCGGUGUACUUCGACUUAACGACGCUGAACCCGGCAGCGGCGGCGCGGCGCGGUUGGUAGCACGCGUCGCCGGGUCGUUGCGUGUCGUGCUCAAUACUAAGCUAUGGCCCGAUAUGGUUGUGCAACGCGCUGGAACGAAAUCCCUGCGUAUAACGGCUGCUGACGCCCAACAGCAGAUCAAACUUUUUCUUAUUAUGGGAGUCCCAGGUGAUAUAGUGCAGUUACACAGAGCGCUCACUCAGCGAAUUGCAGUAAGUAAGCCACCAAGCACUUGUACGCAGAAUACUACCUCCCAGAAGGCAGCUGAAAGGCUAGAAGCUGCCACUAGUGAGAUCGAAUUUCUUGACAAACCGGUCGAUGAAGUGUGCAGUACAACUGAUGAUGUUGACGGGCCUGGAGAUAAGAACGCCGACGGCGAGGACAAAACACAUUAUAUAAAUGACGAAGCUAGAUUACAGGACACAAAACAAAAGACUGACGGGAAAGAAACAUCAGUAGACACCGAGACGAAAGCACUUAAGCGGAAAGAUCCAGUCGAAGAUGAGACGACGCCGAAAAGACAAUGCCCCGAAAUAUUAAUAGAGUGAUAAAUUCAAGAUUCUCUUCAAAUUCUGUGUAUAAAAAUUUGUGAUGUAAAUUGAUGUUGGACAUGGUUCAUUAGUUCUCCCCUACUGAAAGUUCUGGGUUCAAUAAAAAUCUUGUGUAAAAACUAAAAAGAUUUAGGAAUAUUUAUGAAUUAAAUUAGUAUAGCGUAAUUCAAUGUUGGUUGAUUAUUAACAAUUAAUUCAGUCCAUUUUCAGUUUGACGACGUAUCAGUAACAAUUAAUCAUAAAAUAAUUUAGAGAUAAUUUUUUUUUCUCAGCAAAAGUUUUUUCAACAUUUUGUUCGAGUCCUGGGUAUAACGAUUUUUCCAACAAAACAUUUGUCUCCAGCUUGGCUAUAGAUUAAUUUAACAUUCCAAUUUACGAGAGUGAAUGCAAUACAUAGCAUAUUUGACCCGAGCUGAUUACCAAAUACAAGGAAUACCAAUGUGGUUUAUUGUCUGAUCAUACAAUAAAGGUAAUUUUACACUUAACAUAGUAAUUUAUAAUUUUGAUUCCUCUUAAGUGAUUCCGCAAACGGCAGUCAUGCGUUUCCUCCUUCUUUGCAUUGAAUUCCAUACAUUGACCGAUCCGAAGCGGCCGGAACGGAACCUUCAGUAUGCGGUGCACCAUAUUGGUCACAAUUACAUACGUUGUUAAAAAAACACUUAGAGCGGGUGAACUCGUUACCGCCUUCUGUUUGCAAAAUCUGCCCUCCUUGUUAUAACUAACGCAUUUGUAUUUUAGUAACUUUCGAGAUA